AUGAAGUGGCUAUCGAGUAUAUGCGUCCUAGCGGCUACUUGGGCUGUUGGUCUGGUGCAGGCAGCGGAGGACACAGAGAUGAAGAGCGUGCCAUUACGAACACACUCGUUAGAGUCACCCUACCUCGACUCCGACAUGGCAUCCCGGUGGUGGGAUUUUGGUGGCGACACUAUGAUCCGUGCAGACAAAUACGUCCGACUCGCAGCAGAUCAGCCCUCACAGUCUGGCUGGAUCUUCUCGCGAAUACCACUUACAGCAAACAACUUUGAGAUCGAGAUGGAGUUUUCGAUAGCCGGGAAGGGAAAUCUACACGGUGAUGGCUUCGCCAUGUGGAUCACGAAGGAGCGGGCGCAGCCAGGAGACGUGUUUGGGCAUACUGAUCGUUUCGAAGGGUUGGGUGUUUUCUUUGACACGUACAAGAACAAUCGGCCUGGUGUGGUGUUCCCAUAUGUUAUGGCUAUGAUGGGUGAUGGCAAGACGACGUAUGAUCGGGCGAAUGACGGAAAGGCGAAUGAGUUGGGCGGCUGUUCGGCGCGAGGUCUCCGCAGUUCAAGCGUCCCUUCGAAAGCCAAGCUCACCUACCUCAAAGAUGAGAGCCUAAGUCUGGAUCUGCAAUACAAGACCGAAGGCACCUGGACCAAAUGCUUUGACCUGAAAGCCACAGACAGUAUGCCUCUGAAGUUGCCAAAUCAAGCAUACCUGGGCUUCUCGGCACAUACAGGCGAAUUGUCCGACAACUUUGACAUAGUUAAAGUCGAGACCAAGAAUCUAUACCAGCCUCGAGCGUCGAUUCCUCGGACCAAGGACGGGAAGAAGCUGGCGUCUAGCUUCGAGAGGAGUUCCAAGAAGAGCGGCGGUGGGUGGUUGUGGUUCUUCUUCAAGAUCAUACUGUUUGCUGGUGUCUGUGGAGGUGGUUAUGUGGGCUACAACGCAUACCGAACGCGGCAGAGGUACAACCGAUUCUGA